GAUGUAAGAGGGUCUCGUGACCACAUCAAUGUGACCAGAUGGCCUAGUUUCCCACCGUCACAGCAACAGUCCUCUUAAGGGUGGUACAAAUGUCUGCCCAGGCCUCUACAAAAACACCAACCAUGACAGAGCUGGUGGAUCAGACAGAGAACAAUCUGCUAGAAUGCAAGGUGUGUUUUGAAAAAUACAACCAGCAAAAAAAACACCGGCCAAGGAACUUACCAUGUGGGCACGUUAUGUGCUUUGAAUGUGUCAUGUCUAUGACCCACCCUCGGAAUUUUAAACUGGAGUGUCCAUUCUGCCGCAGAGCUUGCAAAUCAUCUGAGACCAGCGACUGCUUGCCUUUGUUACACCUGAUGGAAAUCGUGAGCCCUUCUUCAGCUGCUCAUGUUCCAAUUUCAGGAAGGACUAUUGCAAGGACGACGGAGGAUGUAGCUCUCCCAGCAUCUUGGGUCUUAACGUUCAGCCGUUCUUUUGGAGGAUGGGGAACCCUGAUCAAUCCAACAGGGAUGGCUGUGUGUCAGAGGUCUGGCUGUGCAGCAGUGGCACAUGAUGGCAAGAAGAGGAUUAAACUGUUUACUUUCACUGGGGACUGCCUACAGCAAUUUGGAGAACGAGGACAGGCAGAAAAUGACAUCAGGUACCCGAAUGAUGUCACAAUCACACUGGAUAGUCACGUCGUCGUCACAGACAGCGGGGAUUGUUCCGUCAAAGUGUUUGAUUUUACUGGUAGAGGCAAACUAGCUAUCCGGGAAUCUUUCUGUUUACCAUGGGGUCUGGAUACUACGCCUCAGAAUGAUGUUAUCAUGACUGAUUCAGGGACAGGUAGUCUAUAUUGCUUGACGGCUGACUUUAAAAGGGGGGAAUUGAAGGACGUGAGAAAACUGUAUUCUGAUUUGUGUAACCCAAGAAAAGUGGCUGUUUCUCAGACCUCUGGAGCUAUUGCAGUCAUAGAACAUUUGACUGCAAAAGGACCCAGCUGUGGCAGCACCAGAUUGAAAGUCUUCAGUGCCGACAUGCAGAUUAUUAGUCAGGUGGACAGUUUUGGCCUAAGUCUGUUCUUUCCAUCCAGAGUAUAUGUUAGUGGUGUGACCUUCAGCAGGGAAGGUCAUAUAGUAGUCACUGAUGCUUUUAACCAAGCAGUAUUCUGCCUUGGAAAACCAGAAGAAUUCACCAUAUGUAAACCCAUAGUUACCCAGGGCCUCUCCUACCCAUUGGCACUGGCCUUUGCAGGAGAUAAUUCUCUGAUUGUUUUAGAUGGUGGUGAUCAUUCCUUAAAAGUGUAUAUAGCUAGCUGAAGUAUUGAAAUAUGUUUUCUCACUAGUUGGGAGAAAUUAAUCCAGUUCACAGCAUAACAUAAAUAAUACAUAGAAGGCCUUUGUGCAUAACUUUACCAAUUGAGUAGGAAAAGCAGAUACUGUAUGAGCCUUCUCCAUGUCAGCUGUAGUGAAAGCCAGUCCACCUUAGUUAGGUGUGUAAAACAUAGGGGCCUUCAGAUAUUUUGGAUUCCUACAACUUCCACAGUUCCUACCAGCUAGGAGUCAUGCUGACUGGGCCUGCUGUGAGUCGAAGUUUAAAAUAUUUGGAGACCCCAAGGUUUUUCACUUCUGAUCCAAAUGGUCUGAAGUAAAGGUACAACUGCAAUCCUGUGCCCAUUGAAAGCAAUGAGAAUUAUUUCUGAGCAGAUGUGUAUAAGAUUGUGCUGUUAACCAUUCCCACAAGACUUAAUCACAGUGAGGUAAUUUAGAAACUGUACAGUACAUAAGCAGUUCUGGUACUCUAUGCAUUAGGCUCUGGAUAGGAUUCCUUUCUCCUGUGUUUUAGAUGUCUUAUAUAAAAAUGCCCUUUGAGUCAGACCGUAUACUUCCUUAGGCAAAUAGACAGCUUAUGCCAUUAGUAAAAGGUUGUAAUUGUGGGAGCUGUUGUACUGGGAAUUCAGAUCUAUCCUCAAAAAAUUCUAUACUGGGUCAAAUAUAGAAAUCAGUGCUGCUCAGAACUUGGAAGUAAUAAAUUACAAACAGCACAGACAAUGAGUUGUGUUUUGUUUUUUGUUUUUGUAACGAGUAUAAUGAAGCGGCACUCCCAAAAUAAUGUGAAGAAUUGAUGUGAUGUAACAUUUGUGGUGCAUCAAGCUUUCUCAAGUUAUUUCUUUAAAAAUAUUUCUUAAAGGCAUUUUUAGAGGCAUUUGGAUAGGAAUUAUUAAAGUUUUCCAUAAUUUUGCUGCCAAUCCUACUUGUUUUCUUGAACUAAUGGAAAGCAAUAAAAAUGUAAUAACAAGUACUAAAACAAGUAAUGAAACCAGCUACUUCUAAACUUCACAGGUAAUGAUAAAUAAUUACUUCACGUUUUAAACAUGGUAAUUAGUAACUGGAACAAACGGCUUUAAAGAUGUAACUUGUUAGGUUCUAGAAGCAUGUCAGUUCUGUUGCACAGGGAAUUGUUGCCUUCACUGGCUGUGUUUCAUGCCCAUCGUGGGAAAGCAUUUUCAGCACAACAGAACUGGGCAAAGAAAUGACACGUUCAAGACGGUGAAGGCAUGGAGAUGACUUAUUUCUCUGCCCUAAAGCAAGCUUCACACCUGCCAUAAAUGUGUUGGAGCUGUUAUGCUAGUGCAAACAUGCCUGGCUAGGACAGAGUAAAGGCUUUGUUCUACAGGGUGUGCCUUUUAUAGGGCAACUUCUUUCUCACUAAAUCUCUUGAGCUGUCCUGAGCUAUGGCUCCUUUUUAUUGCUAUAACUGUCUGUAUCUAUGGCAACCUGCAUCUGUAGCAUGCUGGCUGCAGAGGUUCUGGGAGCUGUAGUAAAGAAAUAAUUUUACUAAGCUCUGGAACCUAGUGGCACAUCUUUGGUUGUUUAAAUUAAGGGCCAGAAUCCUACUACCCAUGUCCAUCAGCAUCAAUUUCAGCAGCAAACUGCCACAAGAAGCUGACAUAGACAUUUGACAUCACACACCAGUCAUAUGACUUGGCACAUGACAAUCAAAAGAAUCAGGUGAAAAUCCCUGUUUGAAUAAAUGUAAGGGCCACAUUGCAUUAAACCAAUUUUAAACUAACCUUCUGUACCUUGGAAUUUCAAGGGGUGAAAAAAAAUAGUCCCAUACUCAGCCAAUACAAGGUCUGGGGUUUUUUGUGGGGUUUUUUUUUUGUAUCUCAGGUCCUGAGGGUUAACAUAGAUAACUUUCUAAAACAGAAAUCUACUGUUAUUGAGAUGAAAUUAAGGAACAUUUUAUUAUUGGGUAACUGAAUGUUUGUAGUUUAGCAUAACAAGUUUAGUUAUAAUCAUUUUUAAGAACUACAUAAACAAUAGCAACAUUAUCAACACAAUUCAUUGUGCAGUUUAGGGCCUAAAGAGAAAGUGCACGAAACCACUGGCCACAUUUUCUGGCAUUUUGCUCUUACUUUAAAUAAUAGCUUAGUGAGAGUACUUUGUACUUAGAAUACAUUUAAAAGAGUUGCCAUAGGUCAGAAUUGACUUCAUAGCACAUUAUUCAA